UGCGUGAAUGGAUUCAUCGGAGGAGAGAGGUGGUUGCGUCCAUACAGGUGAAGGACAUCCUUCACACAAACAGGCGAGAUGUCCACCACAUGUGAUGCCCCACCGCCACGAGCACGCACCAACACAUGCAUCUACGCAUACACGCAUUCACCCAUUGCAGUGAAAAGUCACUAAUUUGCCAGUUUGCCAAUACCGAAAAACACAAAGAAAGAGGGGGACGAUAAAAAGCACAAAGAGCCUCUCAAACAAACGAAAAACAUAUAGAUUCACCGUAGGUCUUCAGACAGACUUAGACAGAAAAAAGCUGAACGGUGGAUGCGAAGGGGAACCUGCUGUCAGCAUGUUUCCACAUGGUUGCAGAUGUCAUGGGUAUGACCACGUGUGUGACAAGAACAAACAAAGAAAGCGUCCAUGUACGGAUGAACAAACAAAAGCACAUUGCACGCGUAAGAUAAGAAUAAGUAUCAACAGCCAACGGCGGGAAAGGGAAGAAAACGCACGGCACCGCCAGCGAGCCACCCACGCCAGCAGAAAAUCAACACCAACGGAACUUGGCGAGCAAUCAAGCUUCAUCUUCACAUGACACACGGACCAUCCAGCCAGCCAGCCAGCCGGCCACGCGACCAACCAACAAAUACACCCAUCCCGCCUUUCUUAGACGCAACAUCACACCACACACCCCUUCAAGCGCAGUCAGCAACAUGAGCAUUCACAAAACUUCCCUCGCUCCGUCGCUCCCUCACUGGUUGUCGGCCGGCAUGGCCAGGAGCGACUGGCACUCCUUGACGGCCUGCUGCUGGUUGGGCGGCAUCGACGCUGGCUCACGCUCCUCGUGGUCGUUGUUGUUGUUGUUGUUGUUGUUGUUGUCGCGCCAGCACGAGCCCAUGGUGCAGUUCAUCCAGCAGGGCUUGUUCCACCUGCAGUCAUGUGCAAGGACCAGGAGGGAAUUGUCUGUGUGCACCGGUCGGUGUACACAUUGUAGGUGACUGCGUACCAGGUGCAGUCCCAGCAGCACUUUGGAGCGUCCUCAUUGUCGUCAUCAUCGGCAUCAUCGUCCUCAGCUGCACACGUGACAGACAACAGGCGCACAUGACAACAGAUUAAGACACACGGCACACGUUCGGGCAUGGGUCGUUCCCUCUCUGUCUGUCUGUCUGUCUGUCUGUCUGCUUGCUUGUUUGUCUCCCUCUCCCUCUCUCACCGUCUAUGGCUUUGGCUUCGGCGAGUAUCUGUUCGCAGGCCUUGCGGACGCGGGCGGCGGACCAAUCGUCAUCGUUGCAGUGGCUCAUAUCGUUGCAGUGGCAGUGCGCCCACCCACACUCCAGCCAGCAGUCGUGCUUCCAUGAGCACGACCAGCAGCACGAACGACCUGUACAUACAAGACCAAAUACACAGAGCCACACGCAUAGAACCAAACAUUUAUGGUGAUUGGAGGGCUGUGGAGUGAUACAAAGUCGUUCUCAUAAAAAGACACGGUGACUGCCUGCAGUGCAUUGCUGACCUUCCUCCGUGGCAUUGGCCGGCUGAAGGCCCUGCACACAAGAGAGGCACAGCACAUGACAGACAGCAACAAAACGAGCAAACACGGGGUAGAGGAGAAGCAGACAACGCACGUACGCAAGUACGGCUGGCCAGGCCUCACUCACCCUAAGGUCACGCGCGAGAGCAGGAGUCACUGCCAGGAUCAAAACGACGCAGCACGCCAGCUUCAUCAUGGUCUUGGUGCUGAUUGAUGGCAAUGUGGACGUUGUUGAACUCGGUAGCGGGAGGAUGGCCGGCCUUUCGCAGCAAGACAGCACCGCGAGAAAGGGGCGGUAACGGGAAAGGAUUUCAGUUACCGCCAAAACGCACGGACGCAGAUCGCGCCUUCCAACGGCUCAUUCGAUUCGUGACUUGCACCCCCUGUGAAGGCCCGUAGAAGCAUAGCAGUCGCGGAGAGCGAGCCGUCACUGAUCUUAUCCGAGAGAGGCUGGUAGAGAGAGCUGUCUAGUGUCUUCGCAUGUCUACGUGCAUUCCCCAAAUUGCUUGCCAGAAGACAUCUGGUCCCUGCAGCUCAAGCAUCUACUGAUCCCUACUUCGUUCACUGGCAGCCCACUUCCUUCACCGCGUCUGCAAGCUUAGCCGAUAAA